UUAGUUUGUCCUCUCACUGUCUGUGAAGGGGUCCACCUGUCCAGUCAGCUUCUGGUUUGAUUACACAGGGUCUUUUGAACUCUGAAGGUCAACAUUUGGGUAUAAAGUUUGAGUCUCUGGGCUCCUCCCUUGCAGUCUACAAUUCAGUUGCAACACAAGAGGGGAGCAUGUGGUGCCUGCUCUUCAUUUUUUUAUUUGCUGGUGCUCAAGGAGAAAGUUUUCAGCCCAAUGCCAUUUGGCAGUUCCGUAACAUGAUCAAGUGUGCUGUUCCGAACAGCCAUCCUGUGUUUGAUUACAGUGAUUAUGGGUGUUACUGUGGAUUUGGAGGGACUGGAACUCCAGUUGAUGAACUGGACAGAUGCUGCCAGAUCCAUGAUCACUGCUAUGGAGGAGCCAGCAAGAUCAAGGAAUGCCGGCCAAUCUAUGACAACCCUUACAUCAAAUUGUACAAAUACUCCUGUUCUAGUGACAUGAUCACUUGUGGCCCUGAUAACAAUCCCUGUGAAGCCUAUAUCUGCGAGUGUGAUCGGCAGGCAGCCAUGUGCUUUGCUGAAGCACCAUACAAUGAAGAAUAUAAACAUCUGGACACAGAGAAGCACUGUGUCUAAAAUAAUACACAAUCACAUGGUGAAAAAGAAAAAUA